AUGUGUCUAUGUCGAAUCUGGUCAGAACUUGAAAGAUCAAAAAGUCAACAAAGCGCAGUUCCGGGGCAGCUGAAGGAAUUGACGAAACUGCACAAAGAAACAGUGGAAAAGCACAAGGCUGAAAUAAGCAGUAAAGAUGACCAAAUCAAAGAUCUGACGCAAAAAGUUCAACAAGUAAAAGUUCGAUGCCAAACUCUUACGAAUCACCAGCGAGUUUUGAAAGAACACUCUUUAGGGAAGCGAAUCAAACAAAUUCCAGCAGCUGUUCAUUCGGACGAGAUUCCAAAAGGCCCAACUGUCAAGCUUGAGAGCAAAGAAACUUUGACCGAGAUCAAAAAUUUGAAAGAAAAAAUCAACAUUUUGGAGCAAACUGUCGCUAGAAAAGAAGAGCAAAUUGAUCAGCUUCACGGAGCUUGCGAGACAUUGAGGAAUGAAAAUGAAAACUUGCAGAAAUCAAUUGUCAGCGGAGAGGUAGAAGUCAAGCGAAAUAUAGAGCGCGAUAGUUUGGAUCUUGAAGCUCACGAUACAGCCAGUAACGUUCAAAUUCAAACCCUCGAGCGAGAGAAAGCUCUUGCUCAAGAACACCUCGACGAGUGCCGUAAAGAGCUAUCAUCAUUUAUCGAGCGUUUUGAUAGAACAUCCUCUGACGAACUCCUGGCGGAUGAUUUACGAAGCCUUCGAGCGGUUCUUCAAGCUCAAAUUCAAGGUCGCUCAAAAGAUACGAAGCGUUUUCAACAACUUCUUGAGCAAAAUCGACUCGCCUUUUUAGAAGCCAUUCAACUCCUGCAGAAAUAA